AUGGCGCAGAGUAAUUGGGAAGCUGAUAAGAUGCUUGAUGUUUACAUUCAUGACUACCUGUUGAAAAGAAAACUUCAUGCUUCUGCAAAAGCUUUCAUGACUGAAGGAAAGGUUGCUACCGACCCAGUAGCUAUUGAUGCACCUGGAGGAUUUCUCUUUGAAUGGUGGUCUGUCUUUUGGGACAUAUUCAUUGCCAGGACAAAUGAGAAACAUUCUGAGACCGCUGCCGCCUACAUAGAGACACAGCAAAUGAAAGCAAGGGAGCAUCAACAACUGCAAAUGCAGCAGUUGCAACUCAUGCAACAGCGCAGUGCUCAGUUGCAAAGAAGGGAUCCUAAUCAUCCUCCACUUGGUGGUCCUAUCAAUGCUAUGAAUUCUGAAGGAAUAAUGGGGCAACCCUCUGCCAGUGUAUUGGCAAUGAAUAUGUACGAGGAACGCAUGAAACAUCCUCAUUCAAUGGAUUCAGAGACAUCUCCAGCUCUAAUGGAUGCCAAUAGGUUGGCCCUUCUCAAAUCAGCAACCAAUCAUCAAGGGUAA